ACAGUAAGCUACAUGGUGAGGGUCCAUAGAUCGACCGCCUGUCGGGUUAUCCGGAGGGUUUCCCUGGCUUUGAGCCGCCGCAUCGCUCGUUAUGUCCACCUCCCGAACGAGGAAGAGGCGGCGGCGAUGAAGCAAUGGUUCCGCCAGGCGUCCGGUAUGCCUGGGAUCGUGGGCUGCAUAGACGGAACCCAUGUGCAGAUCCAGGCCCCAUCUGAGAACGAGUAUUUGUACGUUAAUCGAAAAGGUUACCAUUCGAUUAACGUACAAAUAGCUUGUGACGCAAAUUAUAACAUCAUUAAUUUGGUGGCGAGAUGGCCUGGAUCCACCCACGAUUCCCGCAUCCUCCGGGAGAGUGCGUUAUUACAGGACUUCGAGGAAGGAAGGUGCAACGGGCUGCUCCUCGGGGACAGUGGAUACCCGCUGAAACGGUGGCUGAUGACCCCGCUAAUGGCUCCAACAACUGACCAAGAACGGAGGUGUAACACCAUACACUCCGCAACUAGGUCAGUUGUUGAGAGAUGUAUCGGGGUUCUCAAACGCAGGUUUCACUGUCUUCAUGGGGAGAUGCGGAUGCACCCAGAACGGGUCUGCACAGUAAUGGCUGCGUGCACAGUUCUGCACAACAUUUGCAUCACCAAAAGAAUCCCCCUCCCCGGACACCAUCAGCCACCGCACCAGCAGCCGAUAAAGCAGCCACAGCCCCGGCCCCAGCCCCAGCCCCGGCCACGGCCCCAGCCACGGGCCCAGCCCCAGCCCCAGCCCCAGCCCCAGCCACGGCCCCAGCAGCGGACGGUGGACCUGUGGGUAGGAGCCAGUGGCGUGGCCCCCAGAAGAGGGCAGGGGUAG